AUGAUAUACAUUUAUUUUUUCCUGGCAGAGAUAUUCUGUAAUGGUAGUAUUUUGAUGAGUGAGGUUAACAGCAAGACAGACACUUUUCGGUUUAAUAAUAUGAUUUUAAACAUUGAGAAAUCCGGAGCAUUUGAAAAAAACACAAACAAAGAGUUCAAUAGACCAGGAUAUGUGGUAAGAGGAGAAGAAAGGAAGUUUCAGAUAGAGUUUUUCACAAGUAUGUCCAAUUUGGAGGUAAGUAAGGUAAGCCCCUUCAAAAUCAAAGUGUUAUACAACUCUAAAAAUAGAUCUGCAAAUGAUACAUAUCUGGAGAUAUCGGUUAAGAAUCUUCCGAUAAAGAACUUUAAGAUAUUUGACUUUUAUGAACUGGGUAAGGCACGACUCAGUUCAAAAUUAGACAUAAAGAUUUGA